AUGCCACAACGUUCAACAAACUCGCGCGAUGCUCAUCCGGGUGACGUGCUUUUGGUUAACCACGACUUCGAUGCUCGAGGUGCGGACGAGCUAACCUUACGACGAGGUGACAAGGUUGAGCUGCUCGAGCUUGACGAAGGGUUCGGAGAUGGCUGGUACCUUGGCCGGCAUGUAUCAGAAAACCGAACAGGCUUGUUUCCUGGAGUUUAUACUGUGAUCGCUCCCAAGAUCGGCAUCAAGAAAACAAAGGAUGCUUCUCCUUCUACAGAGCCUCUUUGGGAUUCGUCUACUCCUGAGCUCGACUCUCCGUCUCUCGGGUCCAGUCGCGAUCCUGUCUCGCCGGUAUCGAAUGAUGAGACCACGCCCCAGCCUUCAAGGCAUGUCAGCGCGAUUGACAUGAAACCCUUGUCUGGUGUGGAUGCUGAAUCCGGAGACGGUACUACAGCUGGCCACACAACCCAGCGUCCAGCUUCUGCGGGCUCUACGCAAGCUUCCCCAACCAUUCGGCGGACGAUCAGUGAGACACUAGGGAAUAUGUCCAUGAACGGGGAAGAUAGCCCGGUUUUGAAUGAAACAUUGAGUGUGAUUGACGAACACAUCACCAAUUUUAGCACUCCACGACAUAGCAUUGCAACUCAAGAAAACCAUAGUGUGCAUGAUUCAAGUAGUGAGUAUAGCAGCUAUCCUGACCACCGUUUAUCAUACAUUCGUGGAGAGGAGACCGAUGAAGAAGAAGAACGAAUGCCUAGUGAAGCCGAGGUUCGAAAAUGGGAUCAUCAACAAAUGGCUCGUCAUCUAAGAGACAUUGGCGUCGACCCAAAACAUUGCGAUAUAUUCGAAUCACAGGAAAUCUCGGGUGAUGUCCUCCUGGACAUGGACCAAGAAUUCAUAUAUAUGAGAGAGUUCGACUUUGGAGUUAUGGGUCGGAGACUCAAGACGUGGCAUAAAAUAAGAGCCUUCCAGGAAGAGAUCCAGGGCCCACGACAUUUGAGGAAAGCAAGUUCGCAUACUGCCGAAGACUACGACCGGUCACAGACCAAGUCAGUAAUGUCGGGUUCUUAUCUCCCUCGUAUCCCUACCCUGGGUGAGAAACAUCGUCACAGCCCACAUAGUUCUAGGACUAGGACAACUGUAAAAUACCGUGAUACAUCUUAUGGAUCACAGGCUUCGGCUCCCCCAUUAACUCAGCCACACGACAAUGACGCCACUACCAAACCAUCUGCAGACUCCAUUCGCCGAAGCAACCAUCAUCGAUACUCUUCUAUAGAAAACACGUCCGUCUUCCCGUUGGCUGAUUCUAGCGCAUUUUCUGCCUCAAGAAAAGCUCCAGCCCCGCCUCAUGAGAAGAAGCCGUCUUUCGAUCGCAAUUGGAUGAUGAAUCCCUCUCCAACAACCAACAGUAAUACCAACAAUACCAGCAAUAGCCCACGGCCAAGCAGUUCCCUAGCAGCCACUAAACAAUUCUAUAAAACGGGAAGCAACCGAACAGACGACUCCAGCACCGGAUUUGGAGAUUCUGUCGAUUUUGACCGCGGAUACUUCUCUGGUGGUGACGUUGAUGGCCGAAAGCAACGCAAGGUUCUUCGUAAGAGAGAUUCUAGCAAGAGAAGCUACAGCCACUCCAGACAUUCGAGUCUGGCUGCACCUGCAGAUGACAAGAAGAAGAGACACUCUAGGUUUGGUAGCACAGGCUCGAUGAGAGACCUGGCUUCUGUGAAGCCACUGUACCCAAAACGACACUCUCAGGAUUUUACUAUUAACAGCACGCUUGCGUUGCUUGAAGACGAGUCUCACUCGCCUACCGUUACAAAUCUAGAACCAACCCCUGAGUCUCCAACCGGAUUUUUAUCAUCCAUAGUUGGUUAUGGCAAGACUAAUAACGAUGGUUCUGGGCGUUCAUCUCCUUUACCGACCACUUCCAGUUUAAGGGGCAUUACUCCCAAAGUCAGACGAACCAUUGGGCUUCGGGCUAUCUCUGAUGCCGUUACUGGUAUUGAGAAGACUCGUAUCAGUUCACCGGUGCCCUCCUCUGGCAGGGACUUGCCGCAAUCUCCCACUCGAACGGACUCUAGCACACCAUCAGGGACUGGGACAAGUAGAAGCCUAGAGAUAGACAGCACGGAAAGUUCAAGACUAGAGGGCCUUGCUACCAUGAAAAACGGGAAUGGGACGCAGCGAACCAAGUCGAAGAAAGAUACAAGUGCCUAUCGACGUGGGCUCGAAAAGAAGACUCCUAAGGAGCAGAUGCAGGAUGCCGACUAUUACGGCUGGAUGAAGAAGAAAUCCUCUAAUCUAAUGACAACAUGGAAACCGCGCCUGUUUAUCCUCAAGGGCCGUCGCCUCUCAUAUUACUACUCUGAAGACGAUACUGAAGAGCGCGGCCUUAUCGAUAUUUCUUCCCAUCGUGUCUUCCGUGCUGAUCAGGAUGCGAUUACAUCGCUACACGCCACCUUAACCAGAGCCAAGGCCCUGCCCGCUACUCCGUCUAACAACGAUACGCCAGCCGAACAAACUGAUGGCGAGGAAAAGACUGGAACUUCCAGACGGAACAGUUCAGCGGAACCUCCAUUCAUCUUCAAAUUAGUUCCUCCCAAGGCUGGCAUUUCCCGCGCUGUCCAGUUCACCAAGCCAGCUAUCCACUUCUUUCAAGUCGACAAUAUUCAACAAGGCCGCCUCUGGAUGGCGGCUAUAAUGAAGGCAACGAUUGAACGAGAUCUAAAUCUCCCCGUCAAAACGACAAAUAAGCAGAAGACGAUAACUCUAAAGCAAGCGCGUCUGCUCGCCCAAACAUCUCCUACUCCCCCCCUAGAUUCCACUUCAAGACCACCUAAACCGGAGGAAGAUAGUUCGCGUAACACGUCAGCUUCGAACAGUGCGACCCUCGCAACACCAGUUGGUGAAACUAGCGCCGAUGAGUUUCAAAAAAUAGGGGAUAUAGAUACCGGGUCAUCAUCUUUAUUCCCAGACAUGAACCCCGUGGAUCACCUCCAAUCAGCCAGUUAA